AUGUGGUUCUUCUGGGAGACGAGGGAUCCGGACCCUCUUCAGAGUCUCCGUCUGUAUUUUUGCUUUCGAUUUUAUGCCGGAGCCGCGCUGCGCAUCUGUUUUGUGUUUGUCUCUGUCUCUUGUUUGGUGAAAGCCAGAGUGAUGGAUCCAGGGCCACAUGGCCACCCGGACCAGGUUGCCUACAUCGUCACCUGGGAAGCCUUGGCUUCUGACCCUCCACCUUGGGGUCCGGGACCUGAACAACAAGGAGAAGCUGCGGCUGCAGGUCCGGGGCCUCCCGAGCGACCCCCGACCCCGGAAGCGCCUGCCCCUUCGCCGAUGGCCGGGCGACUGAGAGGUCGGCGGGAGCCCCCGCCAGAUUCCACUUCUCACGCUCUCCCACUCCGGACAUGGCCAAACGGCCAACCCCAGUAUUGGCCCUUUUCGGCCUCUGACCUCUAUAAUUGGAAAAAUAAUAACCCUUCCUUUUCCAAAGACCCCACCACCCUAACCUCUUUGAUCGAGUCCAUUCUAGAUACUCAUCAACCCACCUGGGAUGAUUGCCAGCAGUUGCUGCAGGCCCUGCUGACCUCUGAAGAGAAACAGCGGGUCUUCCUCGAGGCUCAGAAAGACGUUCCCGGUGAAAAUGGCCGCCCCACGCUAUUGCCUAAUGAAAUUGAUGCUGCCUUCCCCUUGGAACGCCCUGGUUGGGAUUUCACUACGGUUGAAGGUAGGAACCACCUGCGCCUCUAUCACCAGUUGCUCAUAGCGGGUCUCCACGGGCAGCACACCACCCCACCAAUUUGGCCCAGAUCGGCCUGGGUCCAAGGAGCUACAGGUGGUAAGAGAUACCGAUGGACGACGGAUCGAAAAGUACAGCUGGCUACUGGUAAGGUGACACAUUCUUUUCUGCAUGUCCCGGAUUGCCCUUAUCCACUAUUAGGAAGAGACCUCCUCACUAAAUUAAAGGCUCAAAUUCACUUUGAAGAUAGAGGGGCUAACAUAAUGGGCCCCAAAGGGGCCCCCCUCCAGAUUCUCACACUGCAUCUGGAAGAUGAAUAUAGACUUUAUGAAACUCAAAGACCCCAGGGACCUGACAUGACUCCUUGGCUUGAUAAAUUCCCACUGGCAUGGGCCGAGACUGGGGGAAUGCGAUUAGCACUGCGACAUCCUCCGCUCAUAAUACAACUAAAGGCUACAGCUGCCCCCGUCUCCAUUAAGCAAUACCCCAUGUCUUAUGAGGCAUAUCAGGGAAUAAAACCUCAUAUAAGGAGGCUGCUGGACCAGGGCAUCCUCACCCCCUGUCGCUCAACCUGGAAUACUCCCCUACUGCUGGUAAAGAAACCUGGUACUGGGGAUUAUCGGCCAGUGCAGGAUUUAAGAGAGGUCAACAAGAGGGUAGAAGACAUAUACCCUACGGUCCCCAACCCUUAUACUCUACUGAGCACACUGCCACCUUCCCACACUUGGUACACUGUAUUUGAUUUAAAGGAUGCUUUCUUCUGCCUACAGCUGCAUCCUGUGAGUCAAUCUCUGUUUGACUUUGAAUGGAAGGAACCAGAUCUUGGGCUCUCAGGCCAAUUAACUUGGACCAGGCUUCCCCAAGGGUUCAAGAACAGCCCAACCCUCUUUGACGAGGCUUUGCAUCAAGAUCUGGCAGAUUUCAGGGUGCAGCAUCCUGCCCUGUUACUGCUCCAAUAUGUCUGAUGCUGGCGGCAGAAUCAGAACAGGAGUGCAGGGGAGGGCACAGAAGCCCUCUUGCAGACACUAGGACAAUUAGGAUAUCAGGCAUCCACAAAGAAGGCCCAAAUAUGCCAAAAAGAGGUCAUCUACCUAGGCUAUCAAUUAAGGGAUGGACAGAGAUGGCUGACUGAGGCACGUAAACAGACUAUUACUGACAUCCCUGCCCCUAAAAAUCCCCGCCAGCUGCGGGAGUUUCUGGGGACUGCAGGGUUCUGCCGCCUCUGGAUUCCAGGGUUUGCGGAGAUGGCUGCACCCCUAUACCCUCUCACCAAACAAGGGACUCUGUUUAAUUGGGGAGAGGAACAACAGAAGGCAUUCCAGGAUAUUACAAAGGCCUUGCUGGCCUCCCCAGCGUUGGGCCUCCCUGAUACCACCAAACCCUUCAAAUUGUUUGUGGACAAAUGGCAGGGCUAUGCUAAAGGAGUACUCACUCAGAAACUGGGCCCCUGGAAGCGUCCAAUAGCUUACUUAUCCAAGAAACUUGAUCCAGUAGCGUCGGGCUGGCCACCCUGCUUGCGAAUGGUAGAAGCCAUUGCAGUCCUUGUCAAGGAUGCCGGCAAAUUAACUCUGGGUCAGCCUUUAACUAUCCUAGCACCCCAUGCAGUAGAAGCCUUGAUUAGACAACCUCCAGACUGCUGGCUCUCCAACGCCCGCAUGACUCAUUACCAGGCCAUGCUCCUGGAUGCGGACCGAGUCCAAUUCAGUCCAGUGGUUGCACUUAACCCCGCCACUCUGCUCCCCCUGCUGGGAAAGCCAGAACUGCAUGACUGUCUCCAGAUCCUUGCAGAAAUGCACGGGACCAGACCAGACCUGAGGGAUUAACCCCUCCGAGAUGUAGACUACACCUGGUACACGGACGGCAGCAGCAUCCUGGUGAGCAGGGAGCGGAAGGCGGGAGCAGCCAUGACCACAGAGACGGAGGUAGUCUGGGCAAAAGCCCUUCCUGCAGGCACCUCAGCCCAGAGAGCUGAGCUCAUCGUGCUAACCCAGGCCCUUCAGAUGGCAGAAGGUAAGAGACUGAACGUCUAUACAGAUAGCCGAUACACCUUUGCCACUGCCCACAUACAUGGGGAAAUUUACCAGAGGCAAGGACUAUUAACUUCAGAAGGAAAAGAAAUUAAAAACAAGGCUGAGAUCCUGGCACUGCUAAAAGCCUUGUUUCUGCCUCAGAAAUUGAGCAUUAUGCAUUGCCCUGGCCAUCAAAGAGGCAAUAGCCCGGAGGCAAAAGGGAACCGACUAGCAGACACAGCUGCAAGGGAGGCUGCUCUAAACUCCCUCAGCACCACCCGAGCCCUUCCUUUGACGUGCCCAGGGGAGAAUCAUUAUGACCCCAAAAAGGGACAUUGGAUUUUCAAAGGAACAAUCGUUAGACCCAUGAGACAAACCUACGAACUGAUAGACUGUUUACAUAAACUAACCCAUCUGAGCCCCAAAAAGAUGAAGACUCUCCUAGAAUGCCAGGAGAUGUGACAAUACCUCCUAAAUAGAGACGGGGCCAUACAAAAAGUAACUGAUGAAUGCAAAGCCUGCGCCCAGGUAAAUGCAGGCAGGACUAAGCUCGAACCAGGGAUCCGAGUUCGAGGACACCAUCCCGGUACCCAUUGGGAAAUCGAUUUCACAGAGGUAAAGCCUGGAUUAUAUGGAUACAGAUACCUACUGGUGUUCAUAGACACCUUCUCUGGAUGGGUAGAAGCUUUCCCCACAAAACAUGAAAUGGCAAAGACUGUGACCAAGAAACUCUUGGAAGAAAUCUUCCCCAGGUAUGGGAUGCCCCAGAUCCUGGGUACUGACAAUGGGCCCACCUUCGUCUCCCAGGUAAGUCAGUUGGUGGCUAAGCUUUUGGGCAUUGAUUGGAAAUUACAUUGUGCAUACAGACACCAAAGUUCAGGAUAGGUAGAGUGCAUGAAUAGAACAAUUAAGGAGACUUUGUCUAAAUUAACGCUUGCAACUGUCUCUAGAGACUGGGUGCUCCUCCUGCCUUUAGCCUUAUACAGGGCCCGAAACACGCCGGGCCCACAUGGACUCACCCCAUUUGAAAUAUUAUAUGGGGCCCCGCCCCCAUUUAUGAAUUUCUUGGAUUCCAACAUUGCUGAUUUUGCUAAUAGUCAUUCUCUGGAAGCUCAUUUGCAGGCAUUACAGACUGUCCAGAGAGAAGUCUGGAAACCACUUGCAGCAGCCUAUCGGGAGCAGCUAGAUAAGCCGGUGGUACCACACUCCUACCAGAUAGGAGACACUGUAUGGGUACGCAGACACCAGACUAAGAACCUGGAACCCCGGUGGAAAGGACCAUACACUGUCCUCUUGACUACCCCGAUGGCACUAAAGGUUGACGGCAUCGCAGCCUGAAUCCACACUUCCCACGUCAAGGCCGACCACACCACGGGAGAGAAGAAACUGACCACGACCUCACCAUGGAGAAUUCAGCGCACCCAAAACCCGCUAAAGCUAAGACUUACCCGUGGGGCCCCUUAA